AUGGAUAUAGUAGGGCCGUUACCGCUUUCUUCUUGUUACAGGUACUGUCUCACCGUCAUCGACAGAUAUACUCGAUGGCCUGAGGCCUACCCAUUAGAAGAAAUUACGGCGGAAACAUGCGCCAAAACAUUUACCAGCGGCUGGGUAGCCCGUUUCGGAUGCCCACAGAAGAUCACCACAGACCGGCGACGGCAGUUCGAGUCAAAAUUAUUCCAGGCCGUUACAUCUCUCAUCGGUGCCAAGGUGACUACAACCACUUCAUACCACCCACAAAGCAACGGUAUGGUAGAAAGACUACAUCGGCAGAUAAAAACUGCAAUUAGGUGCCACAAUAACCCGCAUUGGACAGAAAUCCUUCCACUAGUGCUUCUAGGUAUAAGAAGCGCCUGGAAAGAGGACCUCAAAACAUCAACCGCAGAAUUGGUAUACGGAGAACCUCUACGAUUACCAGGGGAGUUCUUCGUUCCCUCACCAGACUUCACCGCUGACAUCAAGGAUUUUGCAUCUCGCCUUCGACGUCACAUGGCUAAUUUAACACCUCGCCCAGCUACAUGGCACGGAACUAAAACUUUCUACAUCCCUAAAGAUCUUCAGACGGCAGAAUACGUUUUCUUGCGUCAGGGUACAGCUACACCACCAUUGGAACCUCCUUAUUCAGGCCCAUAUAAAGUCCUGGAAAGGGUCCCUAAGACCUUCAAAUUAAUAGUUAAAGGUACAGAAAGUACGGUUACUAUAGACCGACUCAAACCUGCUUACCUUCACAGCAAUGGAUCACCUGCUUAUCCAGAAGAAAUAACACAUACAGAAAAGGAAGCCCAGGCCCCCACAACGGGUCAAAGUGAAAGUACUCUGAAGAAAACGAAUAGCGGAAGAGUAGUGCGCUUCCUAGAUUACUAUCGCCCGUGA